AUGGGAAUGCGGCGCUGUGGGGUGGCGCGGUGCUGGGGUGAGGGCGGGACGGUGGCCGCGCAGGGUCACGGGGCGGUGGCGACGGCGGCCGGGAGGGAUGUGGCGGCGGGCGGCAGCGGCGGCCGGACGGGGCCUGCGGGGGCCGCUGGGGAUGGCGGGGCGGCGGUGGCGGAGCGGGGCGGGCAGUCCCGCUUUCCCAAAGGAUUCUCCAGCACCUUCACCGGCGAGCGGCGGCCGAAGGGCGACCGRAUCUUCGAGGCCCUGGGAGCCACGGACGAGCUGAGCUCGGCCAUCGGGCUGGCUGGUGAAUUUAGCAGUGAAAAGGGCCACACGUUUGUUGAUCAACUUCAUAAAGUCCAGUGCAUGCUGCAGGACGUGGGCUCCAACCUCGCCACGCCGCUCUCCUCAGCCAGGGAGGCUCACCUGAAACGAACAUCUUUUAGCGAGAAGCCCAUCCUGGAGCUGGAGCAGUGGAUUGACAGUUACUCAGAGCAGCUGCCUCCCCUCAGAACCUUCAUCCUGCCCUCUGGAGGCAGGAGCAGUGCUGCUCUGCAUUUCUCCCGAGCCGUGUGCCGCAGGGCUGAGAGGUGUGUGGUUCCCUUAGUCCAAGCAGGGGAAGCAGAUCCAAAYGUGGCCAAGUAUUUAAACAGGCUCAGUGAUUAUCUUUUUGUCCUGGCACGUUAUGCUGCAAUGAAGGAAGGGAAGGAAGAGAAAAUCUACAUAAAACCUGAGCUGUAGCUGGGAGCUGGAAUGUUUUUUUCUUGAUCAUGGAAAACUAAAUCCAGUUGACUGCUUUUGUCCAUCAAGGAAAGGAAAGAGAACAAGCCUGGACUGGAAGGGAACUGCCAAGAACUUCUAUGUGAAAUAAUCAGUACCUUGUUGAUGAAUCUUGAGGAACAAAAUCACAGAAUAGCCUGAGUUGGAAGGGACCCAAACACACCUGUUCUGUUUGCUGGGCCUGGUCCACACAUCCCAUGUGGGGAUGGCUCUGGAGUCACUGCUUCUYCCAGGUGGGAGUUGAGGCAGGAGAAUUCCAAUAACAUUUUGGAGAUGCCUUCAUUUCCCUGUGCAGCAGCAGGUGCUGUGGGAAGGCUCUGACAGGACUCUGAGGGCUGGUGAAGGGAAAACWAUCAGCUCCUCCUUUGAAGUCACAGUGCUCAUAUGGAGCAGCAGCUGGAGGCGUUUGGGAAUUGUGUCCGCAGCUCUGAAAUAAUAAAUGUGAAUUUCCUUGUACCAMGGGGCCGCAAACUGUCACGUUUUAACACUGAGCCCUGUGUGCCUUGCUGCUCCAUGUCCCUUCUGAUCCAUCAGCCUCAGCUGGAGCUGAGCUGUACAGAUUUUCAGGAAUGCACCAAUAAUUCCUUGGCUCCGGCUGCCUCUUGUUGUGCAUGUGAGGAAUGUCUCUGUGCUGACAAUCCAGUGCAUCCUCUGCCAUGAACGGGGCUCAGGAUGGAGAGGGUGAAGCAGGAAAGGCCAAAUCUCAGGGUCUGUGCUGGAGGUGACUCUGCUGGAGCUGCCCCUCUGGCUGCAGGAGCAGGAGGAGCAGAGCCCAGGGUUUGGGAGCACCCAGGGCACUGAGGAUGCAGGAAAAGGGGUUGGGAUGAGGAGCAGGGCCCUGGCAGAGCUGCUGGAGCUGAGUGAGAGGGGCGGUACCCUAACGGCUCCUCCUGAGGGGUCUGUGCUCAGAGAGCUCACACCCACAUCACACAGACAAUCCCAGCUUUGCACUCAGGUCCAAGCUGCUUCCAGCUUGGAAAUAAAACUGAGAAGAAUCCAUGUGAAACCUGGUGGUGUGAGUGUUCCCUCAGGGAAUGCUGCGAGGUGGUGAUGCCCAUCCAGGGCUUGUCCUGCUUUUAAAUCCAUCCUGCCCCUUCCCCUGCUCAAUUUUUUGACUAGAAAAAUCCUAAAUCUUGUUCUCCAAGGAAUCUCUGGCUCUGUGUCCCUUUUUGGCCAAUGAAGAAUGCCCAGGAAUGACUGAGGAAUGCCCAGCACUAACAGAUCCCCCAGCUCAUCACUCACCUGGGUUUGAAGCAGGUAUUUCAUGGCUCUUGUUAAUGCACAUUUUUCAUGGAGUAAUUUUCCAAGCCUCAGCCUGGAACACAUCCCAGUGACAAAUGCUCUGGAUUUGGAUGGUCCCAUCAGCUGCAGUGUCACCUCAGCCAUUCCCUCUGCCUGCUCCAUCCAGUUUUACGAGAGCUCUGGCUCCAGGAGUGAACCUCAGGAAUCAAGAGGCUUUUCAAGCUUAAUUUAAUAAAAUCCUUCGCAAUAUAAAUUCUUCAUGAACACCUCAUAAAUCAGCUCAGGGAGGGAUUUAUAGUCUUUCCUUUUUUUUUCCAGCUGGGGGGAAGAAAUCUCACUACUGUUUUGGGACCAAAGCUGGCAUUGUUUGGAUUGCAAGGAGAAAUAAAUCAACCUACUAAACAUGAUGAAGAGAUUAAAUU